AGAAAUUUCAGAAACUUCAAUGAACAUGCAUAUUUGAAUGAUUUAAAUAAUCUAAAUUGGGAGCAGGCUUCUCUGCAUAACGACCCUAAUGAUAUGUGGACUGAAUGGUUGAAUUUGUUUAUGUUUGUGAUUGAUAAACAUGCCCCACUUAAAAAGAAACGUAUAGGGAAACGAAAGUCUCCCUGGAUUACUUCACAUGUAGUUCAGAAAAUUCGCGAAAGAGAUUAUCUAAAAAGGCAAUUCGAUAUUACACGUGACGAUGAAAUUUGGUUACAAUAUAAGAAAGCUCGAAAUGAAACUAACAACACUAUUAGGCAGGCUAAACAUAACUACUUUAUCACUAAUAUUGAGGCUGCACGAAAAGAUCCAAGGAAAACUUGGAGACUAGUCAACGAUCUGAACUCUCGUAAAGUGAGUGUUGUAACCAGUGUCAAGAAAGUCAAUCUUGACGGUAAUGAAAUCACUAAUGCGGCUGAAAUUUCGGAUGCCUUUAAUUCAUAUUUCACCUCGAUAGGAGAGAAACUUGCGAACAAAAUACCUAGCUCGAAUGUUAAUCCCGUUUCUUAUAUUCAAUCCACUCAUAGUGUUUUUUCUUUCGAGGAAAUUGGUUUGUCCACUGUAAAUUGUUUGCUAAAAACGAUUAAUGCUAACAAAGCGACCGGCCCUGAUAAAAUCCCAGGUAGAUUAUUGAAAAUAGCCGCUGAUAUUCUUUCCCCCUCGUUAACCAGAAUUUUUAAUAGAUCGCUUUCUAUGAGGAUUUAUCCGACUGAUUGGAAAAUGGCAAAAGUCUUACCGUUAUUCAAAAAUGGCGAAAAAUGUGAUCUAAGUAAUUAUCGUCCAAUUUCAAUUAUAUCGGCGGUUGCCAAAGUUUUUGGUAGAACCGUUUAUGACCAAUUUUACUCCUAUCUGACAAGUAACAACUUACUGUCGAACUAUCAGUCAGGGUUUCGAGCAUCAUAUAGUACCGUUACAGCUUUAUUAGAGUCGACUAAUAACUGGUGCGUAAAUAUUGAUAAGGGUUUUCUUAACGGAGUGAUCUUCAUUGACCUCAAGAAAGCUUUCGAUACAAUUGAUCACGAAAUUCUUAUACGUAAACUCAAGUGUUUUGGUGUGGAUGACAAUGCGCUAUCGUGGUUUAAUUCCUAUUUAAACAAUCGAAAACAGAAAUGCUACGUAAAUGGCAAACUCUCUGGUAGUCGUUCUAUCUCCCAUGGAGUUCCGCAAGGCUCUAUUAUAGGCCCACUUCUGUUUUUGAUCUAUAUCAAUGACUUGCCUAACUGCUUGAACGAGGGUUUACCUAGAAUGUAUGCUGAUGAUACGAACAUCAGCAUGCAAAGUAAUAAUCUUUCUAAGCUUGAAAAUCUUAUGAAUGCUGAAAUAGCCAAUUUAAACACAUGGCUAGAGGCAAAUAAGUUAAGUUUAAAUAUUGCCAAGACUGAAUUUAUGAUUAUUGGAUCUCGUCAAAGACUUUCAACCUUUGAUAAUCAGAAUGUGGAAGUAUGUGUUAACAAUAAACAGAUUAAUAGAGUGCUGAAGUCUAAGUCAUUAGGUUUAACAAUUGAUGAGAACUUGACUUGGAAAUAUCAUGUUGAUAAUAUCACCAAAAAAGUCUCUUCGGGUAUCGGCGCUCUCAAACGAAUGAGAGAUUUUAUUACCACAGAAACUGCAAUUCGAGUUUACUAAAGUUUGGUGGAGCCCUAUUUUUCCUAUUGUGCCCCUGUUUGGGAUGGCCUAGGUAAAAAGCAAAGCGAAAAAUUACAAAAAUUACAGAAUAGGGCCGCCCGUGUUAUUACCCGUUCAUCUUAUGAUAUUUCAUCAAGUUCUCUUCUUGGAGAACUUAAUUGGGAAUCAUUGUCCACUAAGCGAUUAAAGCAAAAGGCAAUCCUCAUGUUUAAUACUAUUAAUAAACAUACACCAUUCUAUUUACAAGAGAUGUUUUCUCCCAGUGAGAGUGUUUAUAACCUGAGAGAUUCUUAUGGUAAACUUUAUAUCCCAAAACCACGCACAGAUUAUUUGAAACGCUCCUUCAGUUACAGUGGAGCCUCUUUAUGGAAUGGCCUGCCAGAAUCUCUUAGAUCAGUAACCUCUCUCGCUGCAUUUAAGACAGGUUUAGAAGCCUUCUUAAUAAAUAAUCGAUCUGACUCCCACACGGCAAUCAGGUAGAACAGUAUCUAUAUUUCUUUUUGCUCCUUUUAAAAUAUUUUAAUAUUUUUGUAAAUAACUAUACUGAUGAUUUUCCGUGUUUAAAUAAAGUUGAUGUAUGUAUGUAUGAUGUAUGCUUUUGUCGCGAUAUAAGAUGUUCUUUUGCUCGCCAAAGGGCUUAUUUUACCCAUAAUUGUAUCUCUAAAUUGAUCAUUCCUGACUUUAAAUUCCAAAAGCCACGCGAGAAGCAGUUUACGACGUCUUUACAAGUCCAAAUUUAUUAUAAAUUGCAACAAAUAAUGCAUUCUCACUCCUUGCGUAAAAAUAUGCCAAGUCAGCGUUGAAGUUACUGCUUACUUCCGCUUCCGGGGGCACCAAUCUUUUAUGGUGUUCCGGUUUGGAUUAUCCCAGGGCUUCUGGGAGCAAUAAGCGCAGAAGCCCUGGGUACGAGGUUGCAGUUGAAGCAAAAUGCAUCACCUACGUCACGUUAGAUUCGAUUGGCAUCCCAUCCUCGUUCCCAGGGCUUCUCGGCUGCCUGCCAACGCAGGCAGCCGAGAAGCCCUGGGAACGAGGAUGUUGGCAUCCAUUUUGCCAACCUCGUUCCCAGGGUCUCUCCUCCUGUCAUCUGGGAGAGACCCUGGCUGCGGCUGGUCUAGCCUGCGAACAUGCUCUCAAGCUGAAUUGAGAGCCUGCAUCGAUGACUAAUGAAUUUGAAUAUCUGCGUCUCAAAUCGUGACGCGAAAUUCUCAUUGGUCAGAUGCUAUAAUAUAUAUGUUCCCGCUGAGCUCUAUAUAUGUCAACUGCUGAAGCACUAUGCAUAAAAAAAAAACACAUUAACUGAUCAAAUUGGUCUUGUCCGUCUUGUCUCAAAGCACGAAAUGUUCUGUUUUGAGAAAACAGUAUUUAAACAUUUGAACUUUUGCUUGAAUAUCUUAUAUUUCGAAAAACAGUAUAAACUAUACGGUCUAAAUUUAGUUUGCACGGUCUAAAUUUAGUUUGCACGAAAGUUGUAAACAACACCAUAUAAGGAUAGACAUUCCAUAUUUGGAAAAACGAACGUUACGGGGCAGAUAUUCAAAUUCAUUAGUCAUCGAUGCAGGCUCUCAAUUCAGCUUGAGAGCCUGUUCGCAGGCUACGGCUGGUCACGUGCCUCCCAGAUUCUGGGAGGUAAAUUUAAUUGUAACUGUGAGAGGGGUGGGAAAGGAGCGUGUUUGUAGCGUUUUAAAAUUGCAACUUUGGGUGAUGAAAUUUACUGUAAAUUUGCAACAAGAAAUCGUAAAGAGAACUCUUAAAUUAAUAUUUAUAUCGUGACGUUCUACUCUAUAAUCUGGUGUCGAGUUACAAUUCAAGCAAGUUGGAUCAGAUUUCAUUAUAGACUUGCCAAAGAAAGCACGCUUGCCGCUUGUGCAGCGUGGCAAUAUUAAACCUACGAGAAAAUAUAUAUCUCUAGACCGAACAGUGUCAGGGCCUUUUUUAAGAAAUUGCUCGUGGGGGGGCCUUUGUACAGAAGGGACCUUUCGGUUACGACCGAAGGGACCAGUAAUAGUGGGACAGUUUCUGUGUUUGUUAUUGAAUGAAAAAUAUUUUUAAAAUGAUACGAUCAGUUAUCAUUAGUUAAAUUUUUCCCUCAUCAACGCACUGUUUUUUGUGUAAUAUAUUGUUAACAGCGAGGAGCUGACAAUAUUUAGCAAAACAUGCUUAAAUCUUAAUCUUUACAAAAUAUGA